CAACCAGACCACCGGGUUUCAUCAGCGACAGCCUUGCUGAAGGUUCCAAAUCCUCCGUCGCAAUCAUUUGAGGUACAAGGGAAACGAUGCUGGGUUGAGCUGAUUCAACCAGGCAGGAUUCGAUCCCCACGAGUUGGCCCAGACGAGACGAACUUAGGUAGUCGCCACAGUGUUUUGAGCAACUCACCUGCAUAAGCUUAAUAAGCUUAAGUUUUAUAUCUGCCCACCCCAGUCCUUAGCCAUGUCUUCAAAGAAAAUGGAUUCGGCCUGGAGGCCCGUCCCGAAUGCCCCUCAGUCUCGGCAGGUGGCCCAGUCUGCUUCUACCGACUUUCUAUGGGUAGACUGUCAUGACGGGAAGUCACAGGAUGGCGGAGUGGCCAGGACCACGCAGGCAUUUCUACAGACGAAGUAUCACAAGCAGCGCCGCAAGACACAGUUACAACAGUUGAAGGCGUCUAUGAAAGCACUUCCGCCCGCGCGAUCUCCGCCAGUCUCCACCCCCGGAACUGAGAGUACUUUGGAGAAAGAGGACCAGGAUGUCGACGAAGAAAGAGCCCAUCAGCUCCUCAUCCAUCAGAAUGAUCACCGAAUGCAUAACUCCCUUCAAUCAAAGGUCGAGGAUCUUAUUCCUGUUACAUCGCAACGCUUGAAACAGAGUGCGGACUUUUAUUUUGAUUAUUUCAGGGCUCAAGGCUCACGCAGAUGGUACCCGAGGGGCCAAAGUGAAAUGCUUAAAGUUAUCCUCCGCCAAUCUUUCGACCAUCCUUCUCUAAUGAAGGUUAUCGUUUCAAUGAGUGCCCAUGACUAUGCUAUGAACUUCAAAGCACAGGGUGCCUCGACUCAGCUUGUGCAGAGGUCUUUACAAGAUGCAUUUUACAUCCGGUCCCACAUUAUCAGAUCCAUUCAAGCGCUACUGAAUAAGCCAAAUGAGAUAUACUCCGAAGCUGCAGUCCUGUUGAUAGGGCACCUGUUCGUUACAGAGGCCCUCGAGGGGAAUCUAAAAGCUGUCGAGGCACAUACCGAUGGUCUCCGAAGAAUCCUUCAUGCUUUGGGAGGCGUGGAAAAUCUGGGGAACUGGCCUCUAGCAAAUAUCUAUUCGUGUGACCCAAUAAGAGGCCUUUUCGGAGAGUCCCCGCUGGCCUUUGAUAUACCGAAUGACUGGGAGAAACAGGUUCUCCAAGCAGUUGCUGUUCGGGCAAAAUUCGUUCGCAGAAAAUAUCCUGCGCUGGGUACAUGCUUCUUCACCUCUUCUUGGUCUGAAGCCAUUCAUCCUCGCAUGAAAACCAUCAUUCAAUCAUUUCGAGAUGUUCUCUCUAUAUAUGAGGAAACUAUUCGCUUAAACACAGAUUUGCCCAUGACCGACCACAACUGCGCCCUACUUCUAGUCAACCGCCUCCAUGCUGUGCCGUACGAUUAUAAUAUCUCACCUUUUAACGAAACAAUCCGACUUACGAUCAUGGUCUACAUUCUUACACGGGUAUGGGAAUUUCAAGCAAGUGUGGAGAACCUUGUGAGACAACUUCGCGGUCGCAUAGAGGAAAAUCUCGACUUCCUUGAGAAGUCGGCCUCUAAUCUUUUCUUCUGGAUCCUCUUCAAUGGUGCCUUUGGCUCAACAGGAUUUGAAUGCCACGCGUGGUUUAUCUCACGGCUGAGAUCUCUUGCUCUGGAAUUAUCCAUUGAAGAAUGGGAGGAAGUGGCAUCAGCAUUGGAGGGAUUCUUUUUCAUUCGUCGGCCUUCGAAAGACUCUGCCAAAGAAUUCUGGGAAAAUGUGGUACUUGACGCAGAAAUUGACUGUGUCGAAGUGGAUAGAAUAAUUGAAUAAUUACACGCCCAUGG